AUGGGAUCCAUUAUUAAAAUGUUCAAGCCGAGCAAAAAGAACAGUAAUAAAGAAAAUGUGCCGGUGAGUGUACGAUUUUUACGCUCAAUUUUCAUUUUCCACUAAAAUUUUCAUUUUAGGCAGUAACCUUCGCUUCCACCUCUACAAAAUCUAAAAAACCCUCACUAAACGAGUCGGUCUACGUGGGGGAACCUCAAAAAAUCGAUUUGCGACUCAAAAGUCCGUACUCAGUGAUCACAGCGCCGAAAACCACCAGAGGUACGAUUUUUCGCCGGGAAAAAUGAAAAACGUGGAUUUAAGGUCCAAUGUCGUGUCCGGGAGCUCCGAUGGACGAUAAAACGUUUGCGGACCGGCAGAACUUGAUGAGGAACAGUGCGAGAGACCGGCGGAAAUCCAAAGAUGAUCUUGCUCUGUGAGUUUUUGUAAAAUUAUGAUUUUUAGCGAUUUACUGUAAGUAAAACGGAAAAUGCGUGUUUCUAGUAAAGAUUCGCGUGAAUUGCAUUGAAGAGCAAGAAAAUAAAUCAAAUUGCACAAGAAAUACAAAUGUACCGUCAAAAUUCAACAAAUGCUCGCAGGUCUCGACAUUCCGAGCAGUUCGACGAACAAUCGUACCGAAAUCUGGUUGCCCGACAACAGUAUGACAUGAGCAUGAGCCAGCAGUACGAUUCGGACGACGAAGACGAAAAAUACAAGCAGAAAUAUCGGGCGACGAAGGCGGAAAACACGCAUUUGAAGGCGAAAAUGGAGAAAAUGCGGGCGAAAUGGCGAGAGGAGAAGGGCGUCAUGACCGAGACGAUCGACGAUCUCAGCAACGAGAAUUAUCAGCUCAGGUACCACUAAGACAAAGAUUUUUAGUAAAAAAAACAGAAUUUUCAACCGAUUUUAUGAAAGUUAUGUCUUUCCAUCAUAAAUUCCAAAAUUUCACCUUGUUUUCCCUGAAAUUCAAGUCAUUUACCCAAAAUUCCAUAACUGGACUGUGUUUCCUCUCAAAAUGUUGCGUUUUUCUAAAAAUUCCUGUUUUUUGCCCAAAAUCCCCAUUCUUUCAUUUUCUCCAUUCUAAACCCCUUCUUCAGAAAGAACCACGACCGUCUGCGACACAAGUACAACGAGACGAAGACGAAUCUGGAGAUGGAGAAGCGGAUGAAAUGCGACGUGCUGCGAAUGCUCCAAGAAGCGAACGCACGCAUCGAAAAGUACGAGAAGGCGGGAAUUCACGACGAUUCGCUCAACAACUCCUCCCUGCUAAUGCCCGCAUUCGCGGCGAACCGAUCUUCCGAAGGAGCCGGCGAGGCCCUUUGUUUUCCGGAAAUGAACAAUCAGAAUGCGAACGGCGGCGGCCUCAGCUCCAUGUUCUCCAUUUUCCCCUCUUCCGGACCCAAUUUCCAGCUGAAUCCGCUUCCGAAAUCACUGGAAGACGAUCUGGAGGCGCAGGACGAAGUGCGGAUAUUCAGGGAUUCGGUGGAAAGUGUGAACGAGGAAGAGGAGGAAGAUGAGGAGAUGAGCGAGGAAGAGACAGAGCAACUGGAACUGGGCUCGCCGCUCGAACUCGAGACCGUUCGGUGCUCGAAGAAACGGCCGCCCAUCGCCAGAUCCCAAUCCGACCCGAAUCUCAGCAAUUUGGCAGCCGAUACUGUCAGUUUGGCGCCUUCGGAACGGCUCGAACGACCCGAACGGGCGGAACUGCAGCAGCACCAACGGCAGAAGUACACGAGGACCUCUUCGUGGCUCAAAGUGAGUAAUUUUGAGAAAAUUAAUCCUUGAAAGCUUUUGCCCCUCAUUUUCAGCCAACUUUCUCGUUUUUCAGCGCAACUCGGUGAAUCCGGACGACGACGGCUCGUCGGAUAGCUCGGAAGAGGAACGGCUGAGUCUAAUUGAGCGUCAGCUCAAAAAAAAGGGCGGUCUCGUCAAGUACAAUCCGCCACGCACGAAAAUCCACGAUAAACACUACAAACGGUGCGUUUUUCCUUUAAGGUUGAUAAGAACGCGGAUUCUUUGCUUAAAAGCGCUGAACGAUCUAGGCUCCGCCUCUUUCGCCCGCAAAUGAUAGUGGGGCGCGGAACCCGCGAGACGUCGGCUAAUAGACACUCGUAGAGGCAAAAGGGAGACGCAGACGAGCAAACACUCGCUCCAUAAAACGGUCCCUUUCGGUUGAGGCCACGCCCCCUUAUGAGGAUCCUGAGUGGAUCCUGUGCGCGCAUCUUCGCAUCUUCACUUCCAAGCACAUCUUCACUUCCGAGCACCUCCGUUGACCCGAGAUCAUUGCAGAUUCGGCAAGAACGAGCGUUCCGCGUUGGCAGAGUUCGAAUACCUACAGGACAUGUCGACGGACGUUUCGGGCCUUCAGUCCAGUCCCGAAUUGGGCCAAUUGAUGGGCCAACUGCAGCAGUCGCAGUUCAGAAUGUGA